CCCCAAAAGUCGAUACCAGAGAGGAAUGGCGGAGGAGGAGCCGACGACGGCGUCAAUGUCACCGUCAACGGACGAGGACAAGUAUAAGGGAAUGGCGGCAGAAGCAGAAGCAGCGGCGGCAUCAAUGGCUUCGAUGGCGGAGGAUCUGCAGCGUUCGGUGAUGCAAUCCAGGGACUCUGCUCUUCGUUCUGCUCGGAUUCUCCAACAUAAUAUGCCCCAAUACAUGGACAAAACCGCUUCCAGCUACAGGGCCUACGAACAUGCUUUCUUCCACAAAAUCAAAGAAGGAGUGAAGAGUGCUGCAGAAAACCCAGGCUCAGCCAUUGGAAUUGGCCUCACUGCUGCCUUCAUUUUUUUACCAGGACCUAGAAGGUUCUUAUUUCGCCACACAUUCGGUCGAUUUCAGAGCCUCGAGGCAAAAUUUGCUAAAGCUGAGAAAAAUGUAAACCAGUUCAACUUUUCUGUUGAUCAUCUGAAGCGGGAGAGCAACAAACUCAUUGAGAGGGCAUCUUUAGCUGAAAAGCAAAUGAAUUUUGGCCAAACUGAUCUCAUCGAGGUGGGAAGUCGCAUUCAAUCUCUAUCCAAAUCUGUUCGCAAGGUUGAAGCGCAAGCUGCAGAUUUGAUGGAUGGGCUGCGGGAAAUUCCUAGUGGGGAAGCUUUGAAGCUCAGAGCACAGGUAGCUGCAAUGACAUCAGAAUUGAAAACUCAGAAGGCUGUGAUGGACAAACGCAUAAUGAAGAUUUCGGACUUAGGACUUCCAGUGUGACAGCGAGCUGUUGAAAAGCCAUUUAGACUUCAACUUUGAUAUCAGACCGGGGGUGCUUUCCCUCCCCAUUCUCUUUUGUUUUGAUAAUUCAUGUUUGGUAUGCAACAACUGGUUCUGUUUUGUAAUAAAGUAUAGUAUACACAGUAGAUGGUGACUGAA